AUGCUUCACGAAAUCCUGCUCUCCCUCUCGGGGCACCCCUCCCCGCUGCUCACAGCCGCGAUCUCCGACACCACCUCAUCCUCCUUUGCCCUCUCGCCGUCUGAGCGGCAACUACUCGCCUCGGCCGCGCACCUCUCCGACCUGCACAUCAAGCUCAUCAAGCACUCUGCGCGCAUCACCUCUUCCCACCCGUCGACCGUCUGCCGCGCCAUCGCCACCGCCAUUCAGUCAGUACACCUCGCCGCGCUCCGUCGCACGGUGCUUGAGGUGGAGGCGGGCAUCCUGCGGCAGGACCCGGACCUUGUGGGCGCCUACAACAUUGUGCCGCUGACGGCCGUCAUGGGCAUGUUCCAGCCUUGGACGCGUCGUCUCGAGUGGCUCUGGGAGGUAGUGCAAUUUGUCGAGGCCAAGGACGCCAGCGGGCGGCUGUGCUGGGGCGCGCGCGCCAUCGAUCGCCUGCGCGCCGAACUGCAGAGCGGCUACCGCGACGUCGAAGAGACGGCGCUGACGCUGGUCGCCGCGGCGGAAACGGCCUGGCUUCGGCAGGUCUCGGCGUGGAUCUUUUACGGCCGCCUGCCGAGCGCGACCGGCGGCGAGGACUUUUUCAUCCGCAGCAGCGAAGACGGGGACUACGUGAGCGUCGCGGGCCUGCUCCCGGCCUUUGUCACGCCAGCGACGGCAAAGUCGAUGCUGUUCAUCGGCAGGUCCCUGAACCAGAUUCGCGCACGUAGCACGACACUCUCGACGGCAAGCGGUUUCCAUAACACAGCGGCCAAACUGCAGGCCCUGGUCGACCUAAAAUCGCCGCUCAGCUCGGCGAGUUUUACCGGUACGAUACGCGACAUCCGGCAGUCGCUAUCGCAGGAUAUUCUAGAGGAGAUAUUACCACUGUCGGAAGUCAUGUCGACCAUGCAGCUCCUCCGCGAAUUCUUCCUGCUCGGCCGCGGCGAGUUUGCCAUGGCGUUGACGCAAGAAGCCGACGAGCGCAUCCGCCGCCGUUGGCGACGAGCCGGCAACCUCGCGCGCGAAGCCGCGAGCGUCCAAAACGUCACGGUCAAGAGCGGCGAGGUGUCAGCGGCGCUGGCCCGGACAUGGGCGUCACUAUCCUCAUUUGAGCAGUCUGUCGAGGACGGCGACGGCGACGAGCUACUCGACCGUGCGCGCGACUCGCUCCGCCUCCAGCUCGUCAAGUCCCGACCCGACAUCUCCGUUACCGCUCGUCCAGGCCUGAGCGAGGCCGCCGUCGCGCGGCUCGCCGGCUUGCCCUUUGGCAGCCUGCUCUUCUCCGUGCCCGUCACGCUCGCGAUGCAGCUGCCGCCGGCCGUCGAUAUGGUCAUCUCCCCGUCCGACAUGCAGCUCUAUAGCUGCGUCAACGCCUACCUCAUUGCGCUCCGCCGCGCGCACAUCCGCCUCACCGACCUGUGGAAGUUGACGUCGCUGCGGCGCCACUACCCCGGGCCGCGGGGCGCGACAGAGUACGCACAGGAGCUGCGGCAGCGGUGGUCGGCCCGCGCGCGCGUCCUGCGCGGCACGUGGACGACGGCCAGCGCCGCCAUCUUCUUCCUCGGCGAGACGGAGGCGUACUUCCAGACGCAGGUCGUCGCGGGGCUGUGGCGUGGUUUCCAAGCCUGGCUCACCGGCGAGACCAAGCACGAUAACAACACGCAGGACCCUGUCGCACCAGCCGACGAAAUGGAUAUAAGCGACGACGACGACGACGACGCUUUAGUCCAGCCCACCCCUCCUCCAACUCGUCCCACCACAAGUUCUUCCUGCGCUGCCGCUGCUGCCCCUCGCAAAGCCCGGCACGACCAGCAAACGCUCGCCACCGGACACACCGUCUACCUUGACACGCUCGUACACCGUCUCCUCCUCACGCAGGAAGACUACACACGUCCUCUCUACGCGCUUCUCGUGCACAUUGACCACCUCGUCACGCACGUCCACCGCCUCCACAGCAUCUUCACGUCCAUCGACCUCGAGACGGACGCCGGCGUUGUCGACGCCUCGGCCAACCUCGAGGCCGAGGAGGCGCAGGUCCUGCAGCAGCUGCGAGCCGUGGAGCGCAGCGUGCGCGGUGGCAUCGAGGACGUCGUGGCCGCGCUCGAGGCCCUCAGCGUGGACGAAGGGUUCCUGCAGGCGUGGGAUGGCGACGCGCCGCUGGCGGCGACCGAGGCGGCGGCGGUGGCGCAGAUGGACGAUUGGGCGCCGGGAGAGGCAUAUCGACCAGAGAGGGUGGGUGGGCUAAAUAGAUUGCUGAUGCAGCUGAAGUUUGGUAGCUAG